CACAGAAAGGUGACAGCAUGCAAGGCAAGGCAAAAAUUUGACCAAACACGUGAUAAUUUUUCCUCCUCCCCUAACCUUCUACCUUUGCCCCUGCUGCUGUGCUGCAUUCCCUCCAGAAGCAGUCAGACCUUCUCCACCACCAUGCCUGGCAUCAGGGUGUUCCUACAAAAACUCCUGAUUCUUCUGCAGGUUACUGCGAGUGUUGUUGUGGGCAAAACACUGCUGACACUGUUCCCCAACGCCAUGAAAAGAUACAUCCUAAAACUGGGUGAAAAGAGCAGAAUGAACAAGAACCCAAAGUUCAGCUAUGAAAACUGGGGUCCCACCUUCUUCAGCUUCAAAUACUUGCUCUUUGUGCUGAAGGUGAAGUGGAAGAGGCUGGAGGAUGAAGCCUAUGAGGGGCAUCCUGCUCCCAACACGCCAGUGGUGACUUUAAAUGGGGAAGUUUGUCAGCUCUUGGAUUUCAUGCGAGGUAACCGACCUUUAAUCCUGAAUUUUGGAAGUUGCACCUGACCUUCAUUUAUGUUCAAGUUUGAUGAGUUCAAACAACUCAUCAAAGAUUUCAGCUCCAUAGCAGAUUUCCUUAUCAUCUACAUUGAAGAAGCUCAUGCAGAAGAUGGAUGGGCUUUCAGAAACAACAUUGUUAUUAAAAACCACAGAAGCCUCGAAGAUCGAAAAAUCGCAGCACAGCUUCUUCUUCAGAAUGAUCCUUUAUGUCCAGUGGUUUUAGACACUAUGGAGAACCUGAGCAGCUCCAAAUAUGCUGCACUGCCAGAACGACUCUAUCUGCUUCAAGGAGGGAAAGUCGUCUACAAGGGAGGAGUGGGGCCUUGGGAUUAUCACCCACAGGAAAUACGUGCUAUCCUGGAAAAACUGAACUAGAAAAAGGACUUUGGAGUCAAGACUAUCUGGAUAAAAAAGUUCAGUGAUUAACUUUUCACAGUUUUCAUAACUGUAAGAGG